AUGGUCGAUGAAAGUCAAGGCCCAGAUGAUGUAAGUUACAAUUAGCUAACCUUCACACAUCAAGAAAUUGAGGAAAAGGUCAUGGAAUCUGUUGAAGCUGUCUUGGCAAACAGAACUUAUGAAGAACGUGAAGUUCAAAGAUGAAUCAACGAAAUUUGUGAAAGAGUUAUAAAAUCACUUUACGAUACUCGAAAACCUUUUAAAUAUAUAGGUAAGAUUUAAACAGUAACCUGCUUGAUAAUGCAAAAAGCUGAAGCUGGCCUACAAACAAGUACUGCGUGCUUUUUCGAAGGCGGGACUGAUAUGUCACAGCAGUUUAUUUGGCCGAAAGAAAAAUCAAAAGACCAAGCAAACAAAACAUUGAACUGCGUUGUAACUGUCUUUUGCUGCAAGUUUUAG